AUGCGCAGCGAACGAUAUUGCGGCACCGAAGGAGGUGGCAUGGACCAGGCAAUUUGCUUCCUUGCCGAAAGACACAAGGUUGAUAAAGCUGCUAGUCAGAAGUAUAACGAGCGUGUUGUCGAAUGCAGGCUGGCUGCACAGGUGUUGGCGUGCUAUUUCGGGGAAGAUUGGAAAGCUGUUCGAACACUCCGUGAUGCGCAGGAAGCCGGCCACAAAACUUUGGAAGAAAUGUCAAUGUUCGUAAAGGAAAAUCUGCACACGCAAUCAUACGGUAUCGAUGAGAUUUGCAGCAUUUUGAAAACGACUGAGGACGAGUUGAUGGCGUUGUCGUUCCCCCCGGACACUUACUCAAAAAACAAAUUCGAGCUUCAAAGGCGAGCGUUACAUGUUUUCGCCGAAGCUGCGAGAGUGUACCAGUUUGAGUUAUUUCUCAAACAACUGACUGACGGUACAAUACAGUUGACCGACGACGCGAUAGAGUACCUGGGAAAGUUGAUGAAUGAAAGCCACAUUAGCUGCCGAAAUCUGUUUGAGUGCAGUUGCACUGAACUGGAAGACUUGCGUACUUUCUGUCUAAGCAAUGGCGCAGUGGGCUGUAGGCUGACGGGAGCCGGCUGGGGUGGUGCAACGGUGUCCAUCGUUAAGGAAAAAAUGCUGGACAAGUUCUGCAAAAACUUGCGCUACUUCUACAAGAGCAAGGGGUUGUCGGACGAGCGAAUAGCCAAAAAUAUGAUUGUAUCCUGUGCAGGAGAUGGCGCAAAGAUUACUAACAGAAAGGCGAUACAUCUCGCCAUUUAA